UUAAUUAAUGUAGUUUGAAUACGCUAGCAGUCUAUCGACAUUUAGACUGUGGUGAAGACGUCUUGAAAAUGGUUAUACAUCUCCUCGUCAUCGCUAGCUUGGCUGCACCUUUGUCUGUGGUGGCACAGCAGUGUCCGCUCUCUGUAGUGCCUGUCGGUGACGCUCAAGUAGAGACGAUGAGGAACAGUCGCAUGGAACUGGCAGUAGACCUACUACAUUCUGUAGCCUCUAAAGACCCGACCCAGAACGUAUUCCUCUCACCGUACAGCAUAUUCUCGGCCUUCCAGCUAUUAUUUUUUGCAUCCUCUGGCUGUUGUGAGGAGAAGUUAAGAAAAAUUCUUCAUAUACCUCAUAACCUGACUAAAAAUGAUGUUGUUGGAAUCUAUGCUUUAGAAAGAGAACAGAAUGAGCGGAACAGCAAUACCACAAAUGAAUACUACCUCAACAGUGUAAAUAAAAUGUACAUACAGCAGGGCCUUGACAUAAGAGAUUGCGUAAAACAUAUCUUUUCAACUGAAUACUCUUCGGCAGACUUUAAAAAUGAUUUGGAGUAUACGCGUAAAAAUAUAAAUAAAUUGAUAGAAAUGCAAACAAGAAACAUGAUUGUGGAUUGUAUACCAGAGGGAUUUCUAGAUAAGUCCACAUCACUACUAUUGGUGAACUCCGUGUACUUCAAAGGGUUAUGGAAGUCAAGAUUCAAUAAAUAUAAGACUUCCCCUGAAGAUUUUCACAUGGCUGAUGGAUCUACAAGACAAGCUGAAAUGAUGAACCAAAGGCGUAUUUUCAGAUCCUGUGAGUUGUGUGGGUUCUAAGA